AUGUCGAAGUACGUAAAAUUUCUGAAGGAUAUUCUGAUGAAGAAAAGAAGAAUCAGUGAGACAAAAGUAAUUGCUUUAACGCGAGAGUGCGAUGUGUUAGUCAGCAAAAAAUUACCCAAGAAACAGAAGGAUACAGGACGCUUCAUAGUCCCAUGCUCAAUCAGAGGGCUAGACGUGGGACAUGCGCUAUGUGAUCUGAGAGCAAGCAUCAACCUCAUGCCCCUCUCAAUUUUCGAGAAAUUAGGAAUUGGUGAAGCACAACCCACUUCAGUAAUGCUUCAACUCGCUGAUAGAAUGAUCACAUAUCCUGAAGGAAAGAUUGAGGAUGUUUUGGUGAAAGUUGAAAAAUUCAUAUUCCCAGCAAAUUUCGUCAUCCUUGAUUAUGAAGCAGACAGGGAUGUACCAAUCAUUCUUGGACGCCCCUUUCUUGCCACUAGGAAAGUACUAAUAGACGUGCAUAAGGGAGAACUGACCAUGCGUGUAGAUAACCAGGAAAUGAAAUUUAAUGUGUUAAACGCAUUAAAAUUUCUGGAUAAUGAAUAA